UCCUCAGCUCCAGACAACAACAACGUCCUAUCGCGUAAAAAUGUCGAAUUUCAACACGGAUAGUAGCGUUGCUAUUGAUCAGGAUUUUUACGAGAGUAGCUACAGCUAUGUUGACCAGAAAGAGCAGCCCUAUGGCGGAUACAGCUACGGUCAACAGUAUCCAGAUUAUGGACAAACAGCCCAACAGGUACCGACCUUCAAUUCCUAUCCUUCUGCAUCGCAUACCCAAGGGUUUUACGACUCGUCGUCGUAUGACUAUGGAGGGAACUAUUCUUACGAUUACGGAGCUUCGGGGCCCACGACUAUGAGUUCAAGUGGAAGGGGAGGCUACGGAAUGGAAGGAUCGAUGAAACCGCGACAGACAAGCGAAGACUACACGAGUUUUGAAGACGAACCUCCACUUCUGGAAGAACUCGGAAUCAAUUUUGAACAUAUCUGGCUAAAGACCCUAUCUGUUUUAAACCCAUUGCAACACACAGAAGCCAACAUCAUGGAUGAUACAGAUCUUGCAGGUCCACUGGUGUUUUGCUUGGCAUUUGGUGGAUGUCUUCUAUUGUCUGGCAAAGUACAUGGGUUUGGCUACAUAUAUGGAGUUGGUCUGCUUGGCUGCCUUGCUAUGUACGCCAUUCUGAAUCUGAUGAGCAUGACUGGAGUUGAUUUUGGCUGUGUUAUUAGUGUUCUUGGAUAUUGCCUUCUACCUAUGGUCAUUUUGUCCUGUAUCUCAAUUCUUCUCUCAUUACAGGGAAUCCUUGGCACUCUCUUGACAGCAACGACGAUAGGUUGGUGCAGUUUGUCAGCGUCAAAGCUGUUUGUGACAGUGCUUGCCAUGGAUGCUCAGCAACUACUUGUUGCUUAUCCUUGUGCUCUGCUGUACGGUGUGUUUGCUCUUCUGACAGUUUUUUAGCAGCAAAAAACCCAUGAACUAGGCCAUGAUCAAAUUUUUUGAGUUGUUCUGCAUCAGUAGCUGGAACAAAGGAUGGUGAAUUGCAACCAAACGACUGGAGCACCAUCGUUGGGAGAUUAUAAUUUAUUGUUCAAUAGGGUUUAUCAUAGGCCCAUAUACACAUCCACUUAUUGGUGUUUCUGGCCCCAACUUGAAGCAACAAGGAAUGAAUGAUUCAGAAGGCUGGCAUGUCAUGAGCAGAAGCGAUUUAUUGAUAGUUUUGCUACAAAUUUAAACUGGGUAUUACUACUGGCGUAUAUUUGUGUAUAAAUUAACUUUGGCAGGGUAAAAAAGUGUUAUCAUGAAUUUAACCUUUUUCAUAAGGCAUACUCUGAUGUACUUACGCACAAUUGCAGCAUUCUUUCUGCCAACAAACCUAAGAGGAGGCGUGCGGCAUUCACUUGAUCUUUUCAUGUUUCGUACAUUUUAGCAGGAUAAAAAUCAAACAAUCUAGCAGACAAAUAUACCCCGUCCACAAAGAUUUUUGUUGGGAAAAAGCAGUCACUGUUAUCAAUAGCUAGAAAAGAUUGGCUAGGUUAUAUAACUUUGAAAUAAGGAGUUUGCCAUUGGUUUGCUCUCUUUCUAACAUAGUUAUACCUGAUAAAGAGAGACUUAAAACAGUGGACAAAAGAUACAAGGGAGAAAGGAGUUCUCUUGCAGUACAGUGUAUUGUGUAUACUGAAAAAUUUGCGAAGGUUUCUUUCUGCGCGGACUAUCCGCAAAAAUUGAAACCUGCAGAAUUUUCAUAGAACAUAGCUAGUGUAUUUCUUUACUAAAUAACUCAGUUAUUAAAAAGUUAAUUCUCGUGAUUUGAUUCGCGUUGUAAAAAGGAUGUUGUGAAUAAAAGAUUACAUUAUUAUCAA